AGUAUGUUAAAACUCUGCACCCAGAGUAUCAAGAAAUUGCAUUAGGUCAGGAUAUGAUUGAUUAUAUCUUAGAACACAGAGGAAAACGGAAUACUCUUCCCUUAAAAAGUUAUUUAGAAGAAAUAAUAGGAAACAAUAUGUAUAUAAAAAGUGAUAUAAAAACUAAACUUGGACAUAUUAUUGAUCACGUUAUUAUAUUACAAUCAGAUGGUACAUUCUUGACUACUAAUGAUUAUGAUGAUACUACAUAUGCUGAGGAUAUAGUAGUUCCAACAGAAUGUCGCAGAAUAUUUAUUUUAACCGUGCCAGUUUCAUUAACUCGUAGGUAUUCAAAACAAGAACAUAGAAUAUGGCAAACAACUGUUGCCUCAUUAAAAGCAUUAACAGAAUGUAGCAUUGUUUCCAUAAGUUUAUUUAAGUGGUACAUAUUAAGCGAAACAGAAAAGAAAUCAUAUCUUCAAAAAUCACUUAACGAUCUUUUAACGUUACACAAUAAUGCAAUAACGAAUUAG